AUGAUUUUCCGUCCAUACAUUGGCACUCGAGAUUGUCUUCGUCACCAGCACGUCCCGCUGGUCUCGCGUCCGAACGAGGACAUAGUCCAGCAGUUGUCAGUGUCUCCGCCAACCGCACAUCCGCAUGGACUUCACUCGCAUCUUAAAACGGAUGUAGGUGUUGGACCGGGUGAGACAGUGUUCCAUGCAGGUUCGCAGGAGAAACAGGCUACUAUCAUUGGAGCCGUUGAGGUCAUCUGUGCCCAACACGCCUCUCCAGGCAACAUGGUCUGUGCCGACGCGGACGUUGAUGUCAUCGAGGACAACCAACUUAUCCGCCUUCGGCACGGCCACCAGAAAUGCGUGCAGGUCCUUCUAGGAUAUACCACUUACAGCCUCAGUUUUGGUUCUCGGGAGGAGGGUGGCAUAGACGCUGACCAUAAUCAUGACAAGUUUGCCCCGCUGGUGAGGAUUUUGGAGGCUUAUCAGGCGAUUGUUUCCAUAAUGUGGCAGAGAAGGCAGUUGUUGCAGGAUGUUAUUCUAGAAAGAAAAAGGACAAGAUCCGCGUCCUGUCUCCCUGAAAUGAAAGGACUACUGCAGAAAAAGGUGUAGCCGUCACCCACAUCCUCCACUUGGCUUUGUUUGGAGAACCAGGUCUCAUUGAUGGCAGCAAUGUCCGCCUUUCUGCAUGCCAGCUACAGAGCCAUUACAGCCGUCCACCAAUCCGGUUGGUUGCCCCUCCGAUUGUCUAAAAGCCAACGAACAUUCAAGGCUGCCAGAAUGAGCGGACUCACCCUACCAGGCCGUCGAGUGGGGCGGCCACCACCAAAAUCACCAAUGCCACCACCGUCGCAAUCACCACUACCACCACCACCACCACCACCACCACAAUCACAACGAACACCACAACCACCACCAUCACCACCAACGCCAGCACCAUCAACAACAUCGUCAAAACCACCACAACUACACACAGACCGGAGGCAACCAUCAGGCGCCAGUUGAUGAAACCAAAAGACCCACUGCCCGACUAG